GAGACCAACUUCAUAAUUUUUAUCCUCAAUCCCCUUCAAAAGGCCAGGCAAAGUUUCAAAACUUAACUACAAUUAAGGAGGAGGAAAACCAGAGGAAAAUGAGCAGAGUUAUAGGCAAUUUUAAAAAUCUUGGAUCAUUUAACUCUACUAAGAUCACCUCUCCUGGAGCGAGGAAGGGAAGAGGUAUUUAAAACAAAAUCUAGACUUAAUACACAUCUACAAUCUCCUGUUAAUCCUAAUGAUAAGAAAAUUUUUGGAGCUGGCAAACAUAGUAUGCAAUAUUCUGCGUUUGAGUCAAAGCGACCUUCAUACAAUCCAGGAGUGAUGAUAACAAAUAAUUUAAUUGAGAAAUCUUCAGAAAUCGAUAAUACAAGGAACUAACUCUAAUAGGAGAGCUACGAAACAUAAUAUGAGUUUCAACAUUAGAGAUUUCUCAUCGCCAUCUCAUUUAAACCAAUCACAGAAUAGAAGUAGGAUAAGAGAUGAUGCUAAGCAUUCUAAUUCAAUCAUGAUGUCUCCAAUACACAGAGAAUCAAGGCUGACUUCACCCCAACCUGCAAGGCCUUCCGUUGGGAGCCCUUUGAUUGGCCGAAGAAAAACAAAUUUAGACAGUUCUAAUUCUCGAUUUCUCAAGAGCAAUUUUGCUUUAUCAAAGGGCAAAGUUUUUAAUGCAAAACAUCGAAAGACCAAAUUAAUUAACACAGGACCUUCCAAUAAAAUGCGGAUAAGCCAAGUUAAAGAGAAAAGUUCUUUCAUAGACAACAGAUCAGUAGGAAUUGACCAAUACUUACAAUUCCAACAUUCAAAAUAAUAAUUCUUCAAAGAUAGUAGACAAGGAUCUAUAUGCCAUUAGAUCUUUGCUUACAAGAGGACUAAGAAUUUACCAUUCUACUAACACCCUAAUAAAAAUACUCCCAACUGGGUCAAGCUACUCAAAAGGAAACCUCAUGAAUAUUCUUCGAGAUAAGUUCUUACUUUCAGGGGUAGACGCUGACAGAUUCACAGACCAUUUGUUCUACGAAGCAGGAAACGUUGAGAAAUUGAGCCAAGCAGCCAAAAGGAUUUCAUCUUUCUGAGGAUUCGACCAAGGCAUGAGAAGAGAAGAAAACACUGUUGAAACUAUCAUUCGUCAAAUAAACUGCACUAGUGGUCAACUUGACUCUUUUGAUAAAAAGAUCAGAGAUAGUAUUUCCUCCAACCAGAUACUCCCAAGCGAUAUCAGAAUCGCAGCUUAUGAAUGAGGAAUAUAAAAUUAGACACUGAACGAUUAUGAGACUACUUCUUGGGACGAUCUCUUAGUCUCACUCAAAUAAAUGCUUAUGUCUUCAGAACUCUAUUUCUGAAUAAUAUACUUUCCCAAAGUGUUGAAGAGAGUAAGAAUACUAGCUUUGAAGAGAAAAAGAGUGCUAAUAGUAUUAAAUCUCCAACAGUAAGUAGUAGUAUACAUAAAAAGAAGAUUGCUCCAAAGAAAAGUUUAAUAAAAAAUCCUAUUGGCAAGCUGAAUUUAAAGAAACCCUCUUCUAAGAAAUCUAAAAUAUUUUCAAAAAUUCAUCAAGGCAUGGAAGACAAAGGGAAUUACUCAGAAGAAACAGUCAAGGAGGCUUUCGUGUUUCUGAUUGAAAAAUUUUAUGUCCGCAAAUUAAAAAUUUCCCAAGUUAUUGGACCUUACAUUAUGGAUAAGGUUUAUGAUGGCAAAGAAUAUCAGCUUAUUAAGAGAAGCAAGCUCUUCAGUGCCUUAGAGAAAUACCAACUCUUGAAGGAUGACACCUCUGAAAAUAUACUAAAAUCAUUAUUUCAGCCUCUAGUGCAGGACUUUAUUGAUGUUGGUAGGAUCAGAGAAAUGUUUGCAGAUCUAGGAAUCAGUGAAGAGCUUCCUCCUCAAAAUAAGCAUUUGGAUUACUCAUCAAUAACUGGGCCAACAAUUAGAAUUUUCAACCGAAUGAUAAAGUACAUGGAUGAGAACAAAAUAGAUGGAAUCACAAAAAUUUUGAGAAAGUCCAUGUUCAAAAACUUUCAGGUUGAAGUAGCACAAACAGGCAAAACCCAAUUUGUUCCAACUAUCGAAGCUGAAAGGCUUUCAAAAUUAUUAAGAGGAAUUUAUUGUAUAGACCCUUCUGAAGAUCUAGAUGAAGAGUUCAUAUCUUUUCUAGAACUAAGUCCAGAGAAGGAAAAUUUCAUAAUGAUAGCCAAGCUUAAAUAAGGCUUUGAAAGAGAUCAAAGCUUGAGAGUACUUCCGAUCGUUUGGGAUCCAUAGAAGACAAGGGUUUCCAAAUCCAUACGAUCCAAGAAACUCGGCUGAUAAAGACCCUCAAAUAUUGAAAAUGAUGAAGGAUCUUUCUGUAGAGUCGCUCAACAAGAAAGGACUCUCAGAUAGUGAUACUAAUAUUAGAGUACAGUUGGCUUUGGUCAACUGGAAAAUAAGAAAAUUCAAAGAACUAAGAAUCCAGGAAACAGUGAAGAAGGCAUGCCAGAAAUUCAAAGAUUUACUUGAGGCCAAAAGAAUCAGGGAAGGAACAAUACCUGUUGGAGGUGAUAUUCAUGACACUCUAAGUCCUUCUAAUUACUCGAUGCCUUAUCGAAAGAAUAAUAAUCUGGUUACUGCUACUAUAUCUGACUUCGUGUCUAUUGAUUUAGAUGAUGAUGAAAAGAUAAAUAGGAGCAUGAUAAGGAAGAAAUUCGGAUUAGUAUCCUCAUGAAAUUAUGACCAGAUGAGGAGAUAACUUUCAAAAAUACUGGAA